AUGGAUGAACGUUUGAUUUCUACUAUUAACAAGUUGCAGGAUGCAUUGGCACCAUUAGGUGGUGGGUCUCAGACACCAAUUGAUUUGCCACAGAUCACUGUUGUUGGUUCUCAGAGUUCUGGUAAGAGUUCUGUUUUGGAGAACAUCGUUGGGAGGGACUUUUUGCCUCGUGGUACUGGUAUUGUGACAAGAAGACCGUUGAUUUUGCAGUUGAUUAAUCGCCGGGUGAAGAAGGAAACGAAGUCAGCUACGGAGGAUCUUUUGGAUUUGAAGAACAGUGAAGCACAUGGUGGUCAGAGUGAGGAUAAUGCGGAGGAAUGGGGUGAAUUUGGACAUUUACCGGGCAAGAAAUUCUACAAUUUCAACGAGAUUCGGAAUGAGAUUGUUUCAGAGACCGAGAAGAGUACUGGUAAGAACGCAGGGAUAUCUGCCGUGCCAAUUACGCUUAGAGUUUACUCACCACAUGUUUUGACUUUGACUUUGGUUGAUUUGCCUGGUUUGACCAAGGUUCCUGUUGGUGAUCAGCCAGCGGACAUUGAGAGACAGAUCAAGGAUAUGCUUUUGACCUACAUCAAGAAGCCAAAUGCGAUUAUCUUGGCUGUGAAUCCUGCCAAUGCGGAUUUGGCCAACAGUGAUGGUUUGAAGUUGGCCAGGGAAGUUGAUCCAGAUGGAUCUAGAACGAUUGGUGUCUUGACCAAGGUUGAUUUGAUGGACGAGGGUACAGAUGUUAUUGACAUUUUGGCCGGGAGAGUCAUUCCAUUGAAGUUUGGUUACAUUCCGGUUAUCAAUAGAGGUCAAAGAGACAUUGAGCAAAACAAGACUAUCAGAGCUGCUUUAGAAGAUGAAAAGAAGUUCUUUGAAAACCACCCCUCUUAUAGUGCAAGGGCUAUGUACUGUGGUACCCCAUACUUGACCAAGAAGUUGAACUCCAUUCUAUUACACCACAUCAGACAAACUUUACCGGACAUCAAGCACAAGAUUGAGGUCACUUUGAAGAAAUACCAAACUGAGUUGUUGAAUUUGGGUCCAGAGUCUCUAUCUUCCGCUAGUUCUAUCGUUUUAAGCAUGAUUACAGAUUUCUCAAAGGAGUAUACAGGUAUACUAGAUGGUGAAGCUAAGGAACUUACAAGUAAGGAACUAUCUGGUGGUGCCAGAGUCUCUUUCGUCUUCCACGAAAUUUUCAAAAACGGUGUGUAUGCGCUAGAUCCAUUCGACCAAAUCAAGGAUUCUGAUAUCAGAACAAUCAUGUACAAUUGUUCUGGUUCUGCUCCUUCUCUAUUCGUUGGUACUGAAGCUUUCGAAGUGUUGGUCAAGAAGCAAAUUAGUAGAUUCGAGCAACCUUCUCUACGUCUAGUCACUCUAGUGUUUGACGAAUUGGUUCGUAUUCUAAAACAAAUCAUCAACCAACCAAAAUACAGCAGAUACCCAAGUCUAAGAGACGCAAUCUCUAACAACUUCAUCCAAUUCCUGAAGGAAGCAGUCAUUCCUACUAACGAAUUCGUUAUAGACGUAAUCAAAUCUGAACAAACAUACAUUAACACUGCUCACCCAGACCUUUUGAAGGGUUCCCAAGCCAUGGCCAUGGUUGAAGAGAGAUUGCACCCACGCCAAGUGGAUCCAAAGACUGGUAAGCCAAUUCCAACUCAGCCUACAAAACCAGAAGAAACUAGACCAUCUGGCUUCUUCGGUGGUUUCUUCUCUUCAAAGAGUAAGACUAGAGCAUCUGUUUUGGAAAACCCACCAAAUGUCCUAGAAGCUACUGGUCAAAUGACUGAAAGAGAAAAGCAAGAAACCGAAGUCAUUAAGUUGCUCAUCGACAGUUACUUCAACAUUGUCAAGAAAACUGUCGCAGAUUUCAUUCCAAAGGCUGUUAUGCUUAAGUUGAUUGUCAAGAGUAAAAACGAUAUUCAAAAGAUUUUACUCGAAAAGCUAUACAGUGGUGAAAACCUUGAAGAAUUGACAAAGGAAAGUGACUUGACUACUCAAAGAAGAAAAGAAUGUCAAAAGAUGGUUAACAUCUUGUCGCAUGCUAGUGAGAUCGUGUCUUCAGUUUAA